AUGUAUUCUUUGGAUAUAUGGAUAUCAAAUAUUAAAGGGAAUCUGCAAGCACAGCAGGAUAUUUUGAAACAAGCGUAUCUUCCACACCAGGGAACCAGUCUAGCACUUCAUCAGGUAGAUUAUCUUCCACACCAGGGAACCAGUCUAGCACUUCAUCAGGUAGAUUAUCUUCCACACCAGGGAACCAGUCUAGCACUUCAUCAGGUAGAUUAUCUUCCACACCAGGGAACCAGUCUAGCACUUCAUCAGGUAGAUUAUCUUCCACACCAGGGAACCAGUCUAGCACUUCAUCAGGUAGAUUAUCUUCCACACCAGGGAACCAGUCUAGCACUUCAUCAGGUAGAUUAUCUUCCACACCAGGGAACCAGUCUAGCACUUCAUCAGGUAGAUUAUCUUCCACACCAGGGAACCAGUCUAGCACUUCAUCAGGUAGAUUAUCUUCCACACCAGGGAACCAGUCUAGCACUUCAUCAGGUAGAUUAUCUUCCACACCAGGGAACCAGUCUAGCACUUCAUCAGGUAGAUUAUCUUCCACACCAGGGAACCAGUCUAGCACUUCAUCAGGUAGAUUAUCUUCCACACCAGGGAACCAGUCUAGCACUUCAUCAGGUAGAUUAUCUUCCACACCAGGGAACCAGUCUAGCACUUCAUCAGGUAGAUUAUCUUCCACACCAGGGAACCAGUCUAGCACUUCAUCAGGUAGAUUAUCUUCCACACCAGGGAACCAGUCUAGCACUUCAUCAGGUAGAUUAUCUUCCACACCAGGGAACCAGUCUAGCACUUCAUCAGGUAGAUUAUCUUCCACACCAGGGAACCAGUCUAGCACUUCAUCAGGUAGAUUAUCUUCCACACCAGGGAACCAGUCUAGCACUUCAUCAGGAAAAUCAGAGUGUUCGACGAAGCUCAAUUGGCAACAUGCAACAACAGACAAUGAUUAAAACAACAGCUGGACAGCAGUUUGUAACAGCAGGACAGCAGCCGAUGACAUCGUCACUGUUAACCAGGCAGAAUUCAUCAAAUAACCAGCAGACAGUUAUUAGUAAGGCAUACCUACCUCGGCAAAAUUCUGGAGGAAGUCUUAAUCAAGAAUUAUUAAAACAGGCCUAUCUCCAGAAAGGCGAAGUACAGCCCCCCUACGUAGCUCCGCCUGUAUAUGAGAACACAUAUGAAAAUAUUAAUAUCAGGUAUUUAAUAAAUUACGAAAUAUAUAAUAAUUGAU